UGUAGACGUCGGCCACGCGGCCCAGGCACACGGCCAGCGGCUUGGCCUCGCUGCGGCCUUUGAGGCGGUACACGCAGCUCAGGGCCGCCGAACUGCUCGCCGAGCAGGCCAGGCCGUAGAGCGUGUCGGUCGGGACCGCCACCACGGCGCCGGCGCGCAGCUCGGCCACGGCGGCCCGCAGCGCCUCGGUCCAGCCGGAGCGCUCGGGGCUCGCGGCCUCCACAGCCUCGCUCUCCGGAAGCCGCAGCAGCCGGGCCCCUGGCAGCGCCGGAGCGGGCUCAGGAGGGCGUAGGAGGCGGCAGCCGCGGCCAGAACUCACCGGCCCGUCGCUCAACCCCAUGCCGGCCGCCACGGCGGCCCUCAGCCCCGCGCAGGGACGCGCGGUAGACAUCCGUGCCGAGCCGCUUCCGGGAGGAAGUGACGCACGGACGCAACUUCCGGCCCGCGAAGCUCGGCCCCGCCUCCGCUCCGGGCCGCUUAAAGGGACCGCGACCCCCAGGCGACUUGAAGGAGAACGGGAGGCUGCCGGCGUGGACCGUGGGAAGGCGGGGUUGGGGCUCGGCGGGAGGCCACCCCCGCAGCCGCCCCGAGAUGAACGCGCCCAGCAGCUGCUGGACGCCGUGGAGCAGCGGCAGCGGCAGCUCCUGGACACCAUCGCCGCCUGUGAGGAGAUGCUGCGGCAGCUGGGCCGCCGGCGCCCAGAACCAGCUGGUGGCGGGAACGGUUCAGCCAAGUCUGGAGCGCCGCCCCAGCCAUCUGUAUCGGCCAGAGGUGGCCUUCCAAAGGAUGCUGGUGAUGGAGCCGCGGAGUCUUGAUCAUACCCUAGCCGGGCACCCUGACUUCUGUCCCUUUCCAGGGCCAGUGGCUGGACUGUGACCAACUCCCUUCACUAAAAGGGGCCAGUCUUCACGGGCAGUUGCUGGUACUUGGCCCUCAGCCUGGGAUGGCAACUCUACUAGCAGCUGGGUUCAUUCCCACGUCGUCCUGGCUGAAGGCAGUACUGUGCUUUGAAAUGUAGCCAACACACAUCCAGUCUUGAGUACUCGGAUUCGGGAAGCCAGCAGUGCUGGCCAGAGUGGUCUGGCCUGCUUUGGGGGUUCCAGGUGGUAUUACAUGUUCAUUUCAUGCUUUGGGGGCUCUUUGCCCCACAAAACACUUGAGCAGAGUCUUGAUUAAAAGGAAAUCUGCAGACCCUGG